UGGAGGGUCCGGUGUGUGUCAAGACUCCGUUAACUCUAUUAAAAGUCACGUACGGAAAGCUGUGUCAAACACUCAGUCCAAACCGACCAAGCCUGAGUCUAACACUAAGAUCUCUUUCUGGGAGAGCGAGACAUUAGACCUCGAUAGACCUCACGACGAUGCCCUUGUCAUAACAUUAAAUAUAGCAGGGUACGAGGUACCUAAGCUCAUGAUCGACACCGGAAGCUCCGUCGAUCUUAUUUUCUACAACGCACUAAAGGGAAUGGAAAUAGACGACUACGAAAUUGUCGACCAGAAAUCCAACCUCGUAGGUUUCUCAGGUGAAACAGCCACCUCAUUGGGAACAAUUAAGCUCCCAAUUAUAGCUGGCGGAGUCAUGAAAAUGACCAACUUCAUAAUUGUCGACAAACCAUCCCCUUUCCACGCAAUCCUCGGAAGGCCUUGGAUUCAUAAGAUGAAAGCAGUAGCUUCAACUUAUCACCAAUGCGUGAAAUUUCCAACAACCAACGGAAUAGCUACCAUACACGGUAGCCAAAAGAUUUCAAGGAUCUGUUACCUGGGAGGAUUCGAAAUCAUAAAAGAAUCCCCCCAAUAGCAAUUACAGAUCCAGGAGAGUCGCGAAAUGCAACGAAAUAUCCGAGGUCCCCCUAAGAACCUCACCGAAAAAGUUAGCAUCGACGACUCAAACCCUGAGAAACAGGUGAGCAUCGGAUCCGAGCUACCUCUCGAAACCAAAAAGGAGCUCGUCGAAUUCCUAAAACAGAAUAUCAAAACUUUCGCAUGGACCACCAGCGACAUGAAAGGCAUAGAUGCAAAUGUCACCACUCAUAAGCUCAAUGUAGACCCUACUUUUAAACCGAUCAAACAGAAACGUCGUAAGCUAGGUCUAGAAAAAGCCCAAGCUGUCAACGACGAGGUCGAUCGACUAACAAAGGCCGGGUCCAUCCGAGAGGUACAAUACCCCGAUUGGCUAGCUAACCCAGUGGUAGUAAAAAAGAAGAAUGGGAAAUGGAGAAUCUGUGUAGACUUCACCGAUUUAAACAAAGCCUGUCCUAAGGACAGCUUCCCGUUACCUCAUAUCGAUCGUUUGGUCGAAGCAACGGCUGGACACCAGCUCUUGUCCUUUAUGGAUGCCUUUUCAGGAUAUAACCAGAUUAUGAUGGAUCCUGAGGAUCAAGAGAAAACCGCAUUCAUAACUGAACGAGGAACCUAUUGUUACAAGGUCAUGCCGUUUGGUUUGAAAAACGCGGGAGCUACCUAUCAAAGGUUAGUAAAUAAAAUGUUCGCUGGACAACUCGGAAAAACCAUGGAAGUCUACAUCGACGACAUGUUAGUCAAAUCCUCAAAGGGGGAGGACCACAUCUCCCAUCUAAGAGAAUGUUUCGAAAUCCUCAACAAAUACGACAUGAAGCUAAACCCAGCUAAGUGUACCUUCGGAGUACCUUCCGGCGAAUUCCUAGGUUACCUCGUAACCGAAAGAGGCAUCGAAGCCAACCCGAAACAAAUAGCGACAUUCCUAGAAAUGCCAUCACCUAAAACGACCAGAGAGGUACAAAGAUUGACCGGACGGAUCGCAGCACUAAAUCGAUUCAUCUCCAGGUCCACCGAUAAAUGCCUUCCAUUCUAUAAACUUCUGAAAAAUAAUAAGAAGUUCUUAUGGGAUGAAAAGUGCGAAGAAGCCUUCAGACAGCUGAAGGCUUACCUCUCGGAACCUCCGAUACUAUCCAAACCUGUAGUAGGAGAACCACUGUACCUGUACCUCGCCGUGUCGGCAGCUGCAGUCAGCGGAGUGCUAGUACGAGAGGAACAAAACGAACAGAGACCUGUCUAUUAUACUAGCAAAAGCUUAAUAGACGCCGAGACGAGAUAUCCCACCAUGGAAAAACUAGCCCUAGCAGUCGUGACAGCCGCCAGGAAGCUGCGACCUUAUUUCCAAUCGCACUCGAUCAUCGUAAUGACCUCACAACCAUUACGGACGAUUCUGCAUAGUCCUAGCCAAUCCGGACGAUUAGCAAAAUGGGCUAUAGAGCUCAGCGAGUACGACAUCGAGUACAGACCCCGAGCAGCAGCAAAAGCUCAGGUCCUCGCCGAUUUCGUUAUUGAGCUAGCAUCCGGACAUCUAGACCAGGAAACAGAGGCUCCGAAAUGGAGCCUAUACGUGGACGGAGCCUCGUCAAGGCAAGGCUCCGGUGUCGGUUUAAGACUAACCUCCUCAGCCGGAGAAACCAUCGAACAAUCCUAUAGACUUGGAUUUAACGCUUCCAACAACGAGGCCGAGUACGAAGCACUAAUCGCUGGAUUAAAGCUCGCCCUGAGCCUCGGAAUUCGGGAGCUAAACGCCUACAGCGACUCGCAGCUGGUAGCUAGCCAGUUUCACGGGGAAUACGAAACAAGGGACGAAAGAAUGGGGGCAUACCUCGAGGUCGUCCUAAACCUCACAAAGCAGUUUGACAAGUUCGAGCUAACGAGGAUCCCACGAGGGGAGAACUCCUCAGCAGACGCGCUCGCCGCAUUAGCUUCCACAUCCGACCCUCUCGUAAAACGAAUUAUACCCGUGGAAGGAAUCGAGAAGCCAAGUAUCGACAUAGCUACCAAGGCUGAGAUGGAUAGCAAACCAAAGGAAAAAAUAGAGGAUAACAGCCUCCCGACGGUAGCUACCCAAGUUUUCACGACAUUCUGGUUCCCGAAAACUAGAACACGCAGCUUCAGAAAGCACACCUCCAGGAAAGCAACCCAGAACCCGGAAAACAACGACAAAAGUGAAGGUACUCACCGAAGUUCAGACUCCCUAGAGCCUAACUCUACGAGUACCUCCGGGGGCACCAUCCAGACCUCGGAGCCACUUGUCUAUAAAAUCCAAACAAGAAGCCGCACCGCUCUUAAAAACGCAUCUAGGAACGCUACACAAACCACAGGGGAUAACGAGGAAAUUGGAGAUAUUCCUCAGAACCCAGAACCUACUCCAACAAAUAUCUCCGGGGGCACCACGGCACCAGGUCCCGAACAGGAAUCUCCCUCCUCUCUUCACAACAAAGUUGUAGGAAGAGAAGACUGGAGAAUACCGAUCAUGGAUUACAUCCUAGAGGGAAAAAUUCCACCCAACAAGUGGGAGGCUCGAAAACUCAAAGCUUUAGCAGCAAGAUACUGUAUAAUCGAGUCAGCCCUCCACAAACGAAGUGUCUCCGGACCUUACCUAAAAUGCGUUCACGGCCUAGUAGCUAUGAAACUCAUGAAGGAAAUGCACGACGGUUCCUGUGGAAACCAUUCCGGAGGCAGAGCCUUAGCCAUCCGAAUAAAAAGGCAAGCUACUUCUGGCCUACCAUUAUCGCAGAUUGUGAGGUCUACUCCUCAUCGUGCGACAAAUGCCAAAGGUCCAUUAGUACCUUCAGGGAAAGGAAAGAAGUUACUAAACCUCCUGGUCCUAACCGACUACUUCACGAAAUGGAUUGAAGCUGAAGCUUUCCAACAAAUAAACAGAUUCGAGGUCGAAGGAUUUGUUUGGAAAAACAUCGUAUGCAGGCAUGGCGUCCCAUACGAAAUCGUAACCGACAAUGGAGGACAGUUCAUAUCCCACGACUUCAAAGGUUUCUGCGAUAAAUGGAACAUCCGCCUCACCUUCUCAUCACCUCGGCGACCUCAAGGGAACGGACAGGCGGAGGCUGCCAACAAAUCAGUUUUAGCAAACCUCAAGAAACGCCUAGGAGCCCAAAAGGAGCUUUGGUCGGAAAAACUACCCGAAGUACUAUGGGCCUGCCGAACCACCCCACGAAAAGCUACAGAGGAAACUCCCUUCUCCUUAGCUUAUGGGAUGGAGGCUGUCCUCCCAGCAGAAACCACCGCAGGUAGCCUCAGACGGGAGCUCUGCACCUCAAAUCCCGCAGCUAAUAACCAGCUCCUGAUGGAUAGCCUCGACUUGAUCGAGGAAAGACGAGACCAAGCCUUGCUUCGCAUUCAAAAUUAUCAGCAAGCAAUGGCACGACACUACAAUUCCAAAGUAAGGCCCCGACAGUUCGCCGUAGGGGACCUAGUGCUUAGGAAAGUGUUCGAAGGAACAAAGGAACCGGGAGCUGGAAAGUUAGGAACCAACUGGGAAGGACCCUACCGAAUUAUCCACAUAGUACGACCCGGAGUUUACAAACUCCAGAAGGUACGAACCGGGGUACCUGAAAUCCGAUCGUGGAAUGCCACGAACCUCAAAAGAUACUAUCAUUAG